AUGCAAUUUGAUCAAUAGAAAACAGAUGAAAUCAAGCUUAAUCCCAGAUAUCAGAAUCUCUUAAAAUGGGGAUUGGAUAAUGGUGUGAUCAUCAAGGAUGUGGAUAUGCCAGCAGCCUUUGGAGAACUCACUGGUGUUGUUGCUACUAAGGAUAUUCCUGCUAAUACAGUAUUUAGUUUUUAUUAUAAAUUUAAGGCAAUUAUCUGUGUGCCUCAACCCUUGAUCAUAUCCCAAGAGAAAUGCAAACUGAGUUCAUUGUCCAUCGUCUACGAUAAGCAUCCUGAACUAUUCGAUGAAAAUGAGACAUCGGAUGCUGAAUUUAAUAUCUUAAGUAUUGAUUUUAUAUUAGGCGCCCCUAGUUUUUUAUUUGUUCAAUGAAAAGAAGAAGGGCGAUAAAUCCUUCUAUCAUCCUUAUGUUCAAGCAAUUCAAUCGAAUAACACUUUAAUUGAUUGGACCAAAGAAGAACUGAAUUACAUUGAAGAUCCUAUAAUAUUAGACGAAUUUGCUAUAGUGCGUGAAGAUUUGAAAGAUUUAUGGAAUCAGGCCAAAGAGAUAUUCAAUGAAUUCGUUCAAGUUUUUGGAGAAACCAGACCAACAGACAAGGAAGAUUUUUAUUGGGCAGCAUAAAGUGUGAUGAGUAGAUGUUUUGGUUGGUCUUUGAAAUCCACCAGUAUGAUCCCUAUCGCUGAUUUUCUGAAUCAUUCCAACAAGGCCUGUACUCAUUAUCUGGUGAAUUCAAAAAUGGAGAAACUCGAAUCAGAGAAACUUCAAGCUAAAAAGGAUGGAAAAAAUGAACAGAAACAUGAUAGUGAUCAGGAUUCCUUCAUGCAGAUAGUGCAAGAAUAAUAUAAGAUAAAGGGAAGCAAGAUCAAUUUAAGUGUUCUCAAUAUCAAAUAAGAUGAAUCUCAACUUAAAUAGUUCGUCGAUCCCAAACAGACUUACAUUUUGUAACACUAGCAAUAUCUCACUGAAAAUCAAUUGAAAGAUAUCGACAACUUGGAUAACAUAUCAAAUUCUGAUAAGAGAGCCAUGAUCAAUUGGAUCAAUUAUGAACAAAUGAUUUAACAUCCUGAAGUAAACCUGUGGGAUUUAGGAUUUGUUACUUCCUCAGAUAGUGAAGACAACGACUCUGACGAAGAUGUUGAAAUAGCAAGAAACAAGCAAUUUGAAACUCUGAAAAUAAAGGAGUUAUCUGAUUGGAAACUUAAAUUUGAAGAGAAGAAACAGCAGAAGAUUCAAUAAAAGGAAAAUAAUCAAUAAGAAACCAAAAUAGAACAGUAAACAACUGAAUUAACUUAAGAACCGGAUAAAGAAUAAAGUGAGGGAGAUUUAAAGGGCUAAACAGAUAGUGAAAGCAUCUUGACUAUCUGUCUUAAUAAUGGUAUUAUUUUAGAGCAUAAUGCUAGAAAAGAAAAACUUAGUUACCAUCAAAGGUCUGCCUCCACAAUAGAUCUAGGCUUUGAAACAAAGACAAUAAUAGAUGUUGGAGGUUCAACAAUAAAAGGAAUAGAUCAAAUAAACCAUUUAAGAGUAACAACAAUAGUAGGAGAAGGACAAUUAAAGUGACAGCAGCGAAGAGUCAAAGUGGGAUUGGCUCGAGGAGAAUGACAAGGACGUGUACUUUUGUAUCACAACUACAGAGCCAAUAAAGAAGCAUGAAUAAGUUACAGUGUCUUACGGGAGAAGGACCAACAGAUUCUUGCUUAGCUGGUAUGGAUUUACUCUACCUGAAAAUAAAUACAGCUCCUAUAAUUUUAGAGUAAUAAGUUGAUUCUAACAAGUUAUGGCUCAAUACAGAUAUAUGCAAGGAGAAGGUUGUAAAUCAGAAAUAGAUCUUUGACACCAUCACCAUCAAUAAGUUGAUUAAUCCAGAAGAGUGGGACACAGGUAAAAUCAACUUCAAUGGUAACGACAUUCCCAUUUCAUCGAUUACGAAGGAAUUUAGAAUCAAAAAGAAUAAACUCAAUAUGGACUUGCUGAUGUAUUUGAGACUAUAUCUCAUGCUCUACCAAGUCCAAGUCAAGGAUGUUUUAAUCACUAUACCCGUAUCAGUCGAUUAUGAAGUAUUCGUGAUGCAGUUUUGUAUAUAAUUGUUACAACAUUAUCUAAAUUCAUACUCCUAGGAAUUGGCUUAAGAUAUUAAAGAAUUAGAAUCCUAAAUAUCAUUCUCAAGACGAUUUGCAGUAUCAAUGAUCAACAUUAAUUAUAGCUCCACAUUAACAAGGAACGCAAAGAAAUACUUAUCAAUUAGAUUAUGAUUCUAUUGGAUGCCAUAAUUAUCUUAAAAAAAUACAAAGAAAGCAAUGACUUGAAAUAGGCUUACAUAUCAGAAAUUCAUAAUAAUGUGUAUUAUAAGAUGGAAAUUUUAAGAGGCUUGAAAGUGUAUCUCAAAUCAAUUCAUGAAUUUCUAUGA